UCUUACUAGUUUAUUUUUUUUAAUGCUUCAGGCUGCCUGGAGACUCAAGAACAAGAAUAGGGUUCAUAACGUUUGACAGCACUGUUCAGUUUUACAACUUGCAAGAAGGUCUAUCUCAGCCUCAGAUGCUGAUUGUCUCAGAUAUUGAUGAUAUUUUCCUACCUACACCAGAUAGUUUACUUGUAAAUCUCCAUGAAAGCAAAGAGCUGAUCAAGGAUCUGUUGAAUGCAUUACCAAAUAUGUUCACCAAUACGAGAGAAACACACAGUGCGUUGGGCCCUGCUCUUCAGGCUGCCUUUAAACUGAUGUCUCCGACGGGUGGGCGGAUAUCUGUGUUCCAAACCCAGUUGCCAUCUUUGGGAGCAGGGCUCUUGCACUCCCGAGAAGAUCCCAAUCAAAGGUCAAGCACAAAGGUGGUCCAGCAUCUUGGUCCAGCAACAGAUUUUUAUAAGAAGUUGGCGCUAGACUGCUCAGGCCAGCAGACUGCUGUGGAUUUAUUUCUCCUAAGUUCACAAUAUUCUGAUCUGGCUUCUCUUGCUUGCAUGUCCAAGUAUUCUGCCGGAUGCAUCUAUUACUAUCCAUCUUUCCAUCGUAGCCAUAAUCCUGCUCAGGCUGAAAAGUUGCAAAAAGACCUUAAAAGAUACCUUACAAGAAAGAUUGGGUUUGAAGCAGUUAUGCGCAUUAGAUGUACAAAAGGUCUUUCAAUACACACUUUUCAUGGGAACUUUUUUGUACGCUCUACUGAUUUAUUGUCCCUUGCCAAUGUCAAUCCUGAUGCUGGAUUUGCAGUACAAAUGUCCAUUGAGGAAAGUCUGACUGACACAUCUUUGGUUUGUUUUCAAACAGCUCUUUUGUAUACUUCCAGCAAAGGUGAGCGUCGAAUUCGAGUGCACACGCUCUGCUUGCCUGUAGUGAGUUCCCUGGCUGAUGUGUAUGCAGGAGCAGAUGUACAAGCUGUCGUAUGCCUCUUAGCAAACAUGGCUGUGGAUCGCUCAGUGUCAUCUAGUCUUUCGGAUGCAAGAGAUGCCUUAGUUAAUGCCGUGGUAGACUCCUUGGCAGCGUACAUGUCAACUGCCUCAAAUCUGCAGCAGUCCAUGCUGAUAGCACCAAAUUCCCUCAAGCUGUUUCCACUGUAUAUCCUGGCCCUUCUCAAACAGAAAGCAUUUAGAACAGGCAUGAGCACACGCUUGGACGACCGCGUGUAUGCGAUGUGCCAGAUGAAGAGCCAGCCUCUGGUUCAUUUGAUGAAAAUGAUUCAUCCCAACUUGUACAGAAUAGACAAGCUGAUUGAUGAGAGCACUAUACAUGUGAAUGACAGAGUUGUUCCUCAGCCACCUCUUCAGAAGUUGUCUGCAGAGAAGUUGACAAGAGAAGGAGCUUUUCUUAUGGAUUGUGGUUCAAUUUUUUACAUUUGGAUUGGAAAAAACUGUGAUAACAACUUCAUAAAAGAUGUUCUUGGAUACCCAAACUAUGCAUCAGUACCACAGAGAAUGACACAGCUUCCUGAGGGAGAUGCACUUUCUUCAGAACGGACACGAUCUUUUAUAUCUUGGCUUCGCGACAGCAGACCUUUAAGUCCUGUUCUUCAAGUAAUAAAAGAUGAGAACCCUGCCAAAACAGAUUUUUUUCAGCAUUUAAUUGAGGAUCGGACAGAAGCAGCUUUCUCAUAUUAUGAAUUCUUACUUAAUAUUCAACAGCAGAUUUGUAAGUGAACAAGGAAUUAAACAGAAGAAAAAAAUCUGACUUCAGAUGGAAGCACGGCCCAGGAGAAGCAUAUGGGAAGUUCCAAAAGUGGAUACUCGUUCUUCACAACAUACAGUGACCGGCACUGUCUUGGAAGCUUUACAGCUCAAGAAGUAUAUGUUUCCAAAAGAAUUUUGCAGAUUUACUUCAGUCUAAAAGUGCUAGGAGUUGAUGAAGCUGUUUCACUAGUAAACUUCAAAUUGGUUUAUAGACGUUUCCAGUUGUGCGGCGUAUGGUGCUCUGUUUAUUGCAAGCCGGUCAAUUUACGUAGCUAUGUGGGAUGACAUUUCUUAACAAAAUGUACAAUUAGAUAAAGCCUUUUUUUUACAUUUAUUAUAGUAGCCCUUCCAGAUCCAAAUUCUUAACAGACAUGUCAAAGGGCAGUGCUGUAUGUUGGUUGUUUAUAUGAAUUUCUUUUUAAAAGGAAUGAUUCAUAUUUACUAAAGACUUUAGCGAAUUCCCUGUGAAAGUUGUAGAGUUUCAGUAAAGUACAUCAAUUGUAGAAAUAAAAUAUAUAAUGUACAUAAGGUAUUACAUUUGUAAAGAAAAUGUAAAAAAUGUAACUAAAAAAAAGACUUAGCUCAGUGUGCAGAAUUGUUGAGUGCUCAAUGAUGAAUUGUUUUGUCCCAGGCUAGACAAUGAAGUUGACUAUUAAAACAUGCUAAAAAAGUAUCCAUGUAGAAAGAACGUAGCUGCUUCUUCUGUUAAUUUUAGGUGAAUUUAUUUAUAAUUGGCUUACUAAUUAAAAUAUUUUGCUUUAUCAUGUGUUUUUAUAUUUAUGCAACUAUAAUCUUUUUGCAACUAAACUCCUACUGAACUGACUAUUGAAGAGAACAUGUUUACCAUUUUAUUUCACAGGCCUCUGGAAGGGAGGAGAAAACACUGCGUAGUCUGAAAUGAGCUAUUGCUAUAUAGUUCCUAAAACCCUUCGUAUGUAUUAUCCUAAAGAAGGCAUAUCUGUUAACCUUGUUUUAUGUUUUGUAAACUACUGUAGUCUUGGUCCAGGUUUCUGUAACUUGUGUUAUCUGCCAUUUAGAGUAAGCAUGGGUAAUCAUUUACUCACAGUUCAUGAUUUGAUUUCUGCUGUGUUCAAAAGGAGGAGAUAUAUAAAAAAAAAAGGCAGGGGUAUAAAAAUUAACUACCUUACAUCAAUGAAAGUCAAGGCUUUAAAAUGUCAAAAUUCACAAUGUGAUCACACUUGCAUCUUUCUGAAAUCUUGUUUGUGCUAACGUUUUGGUAAAUCAAUGCUUUGGGCUUUUGGAUAGAUUUACCCUAGAUUUUUAAAUUUGGUUGUGAGGUUGGGAUGGUUUUGGUUUGGUUAUUUUAGAGGCACAUGAGAAAUAAUUCAUAAAGCACAAUCACUCAUACUUGCUUUCUGAACUUUCUUUAUGUUUGGUUUAAUGAAAUGUGACUACAGUGAAAUAAUUAAGUACAAAAACUAAAUGAUGAUUAGUAUGAUUGCAUUUUCUUUCAAAGUAGCCUUGAAAAUGCUAACAUUGUGUUUUAACUGCCAUAUCCCCUGAAUCAAAUAGUCAAGAAAAAAAAGUACUAGAUGUGGAUGGCAAAUGCUUUAAAAGCUGCACUAAUUAAGUUCUGCAAGUGAUGUUAUUCUGCAUGUUAGCACAAACUCAUUGUUUGGAGAAGAUACCUUAUAAAUUAAAUUUGUGUGUUGUCCUUAACUAAAUGUGUUUAAGUUACCCAAAGAUUACUCAAGAGAAGCUUUCUGUUUUAGUAAAUUAAUUUAUCAUGUAAUAAAUGUCUGAGGCGAUGCUGAAUGUUGUCCCUAAAUCAGACCUCCCAGGAUUUCAGUACUUGUCUGUAGAUUAAUUUGCUUUGGGUGAAAGCUAAGUGCUGGUGAAGAGUUGGGGUAUCUUAAUCAUCAUUUGUAAUUGCAAAGAUGAGAAGAGCAUGUUACAAUUUUAAACGCCCCAUGAUAGAUGCUUCUUGAAUUGUGAGCUUGGUAUCGAAUAACUGGGAAUAUACUAUGCCAUGAUUAAUUGCAACAUAUUCUGUAAAACCAUUACUUAAAGCUUUAUUCUUCUAUGGUUUUUGUAUAUAAAAAUGAUGAAAAGUACAUCUUGAGAGCUUAUUUGUUCAGUAAAGUUAUUACACGGCA